GGAGAGCAAGGGCAAGAGCCGACUCAGCUGAUUAGACAGUGAAAGCCCCUUAUCCAUCUUACCCUCAAAACUAAACUUUUCCCGCCUUAUUUUUUUCCGCACCUCUUUAGCAACUUUUUAGGGUUUUGAAGAACUCAAACGAAAAUCCAAACAGUCAGCCAUGGACCUCACUCAGAUUGCUCAGCUACUCGACCAGACGCUCAGCCCCGAUGGCCACGUUGUCCGUACAUCAACUGAAGCGCUCGAUCGCCUCUCUUCGCUGCCACAGUUCCCUUUUGCUCUACUCUCCAUUGCCGCUGGAGGUCAAAAUCAAGGUCAAAGAGUCGCUGCUUCAACUUAUCUUAAAAACUUCGCUAGGCGAAACAUUGAGGUCAGUCCUGGAUCGUCUUCAAGAGUCAGCCAGGAGUUCAAGUCCCAGCUGAUGCGAACUUUGCUUCAAGCCGAAGCGUCAGUUCUAAAAGUUCUAGUGGAAGCGUUUCGGAUCAUUGUAGUUGCCGAGUUUGUUAAGCAGAAUUCUUGGCCGGAACUUGUGCCUGAUCUCAGAUCUGCUAUUCAAAGCAGUAAUGUCAUAAGCAAUGGUGCAAGCAGUGAAUUGAGUACCAUCAAUACCCUUACGGUUCUUCAUGCCCUUGUUAGACCUUUCCAGUACUUUUUGAAUCCUAAAGUUGCUAAGGAGCCAGUACCACCACAGCUGGAACUAAUUGCAAAAGAAAUUCUUGCCCCUUUGCUGACGGUGUUUCAUCAUCUUGUUGAAAAGGCUAGAGCUAACCAUGGUAGAAAAGACCUGGAAACAGAGAAGAUCCUUCUCCUUAUAUGCAAAUGCUUAUAUUUUGCGGUGAGGUCAUAUAUGCCAUCUGCCGUGGCUCCUCUUUUGUCUUCCUUCUGCCAUGAUCUAAUUUUCAUUCUGGGUUCAUUGAGUUUGGAUCAUGGUGAUACUUCAGAAGAUGAGUACCUGCUAAGGUUGAAGACUGGAAAGAGGGCUUUGCUAAUUUUCUGUUCUUUGACAACACGGCACCGCAAGUAUUGUGAUAAGCUAAUGCAAGACAUUAUAAACUGUGUUUUGAAGAUAGUCAAAUGUAGCUCAAAUAUCUGUAAGCUUGAUUUUCUAUCCGAGAGGAUUGUUUCACUAGCUUUCGAUGCGAUUUCACAUGUCCUGGAGACAGGCCCUGGAUGGAGAUUAGUUUCACCUCAUUUUUCAUUUUUGUUGGAAUCUGCAAUCUUACCAGCAUUGAUGUUGAAUGAGAAGGAUAUGUCAGAGUGGGAAGAUGAUCCAGAAGAGUACAUCCGGAAGAAUCUUCCAUCUGAACUUGAAGAAAUUUCUGGAUGGAGGGAGGAUUUAUUUACAGCCAGAAAAAGUGCAAUAAACUUACUUGGUGUCGUUUCAAUGUCAAAGGGGCCUCCAACUGUGAGUUCUAAUAAUGGAUCUUCAGCUUCAUCCAAGCGCAAGAAAGGUGAAAAGAAUAAGAAAAAUAAUCAGCGUUCUAUCGGAGAGUUAUUGGUGCUUCCAUAUCUAUCAAAAUUUCCCAUUCCUUCAGAUGCUACUGCUUCUGAUCCAAAAAUUUUGAAAGAUUAUUUUGGCUUUCUGAUGGCAUAUGGUGGCCUGCAAGAUUUUCUGAAGGAGCAAAAACCUGCAUUUACAACAACUUUGGUUAAUACCCGAGUGCUACCAUUGUACUCACUUUCCUUCUGUCCACCAUACUUGGUUGCUGCUGCGAGUUGGGUGCUUGGGGAGCUUGCUACAUGUCUUCCUGAAGAGAUGAGCGCAGACAUCUAUUCUUCCUUGCUCAAGGCAUUGGCAAUGCCUGAUAAAGGGGAUACUUCUUGUUACCCUGUGCGAGUAGCUGCUGCAGGGGCAAUUGCUGGGCUUCUGGAAAAUGAGUAUCUGCCACCAGAGUGGUUACCUCUUCUUCAAGUUGUAAUUAGUAGGAUUGGUAAUGAAGAUGAAGAAAACAUUAUUCUAUUUCAGCUUCUCAAUUCUAUUGUAGAGGCUGGAAACGAGAAUACAGCAAUUCAUAUUCCUCAUAUUAUUUCAUCAUUGGUUGAUGUGAUCUCAAAGUCCAUACAUCCUAGCGUGGAGCCAUGGCCCCAUGUGGUUGUACGGGGUUUUGAAGCAUUAGCAGUGAUGGCUCAAUCUUGGGAAAACUUCAUGCUCGAAGAGGUUGAACAGAAUGACUCAAGUGAAAAGAAGGCAUCUGGUCAGGGUGCCAUUGCUAGAGCUUUAUCAGCUCUUUUGCAACAGGCUUGGCUCACAGUUCCAUUGGAAGCUGAGGCAUCACCCCCUGCAUCAUGUAUAGAUCAUUCAUCAACAUUGCUUCGAUCCAUUAUUCUCUCUGUUACUGGAAGCAGCGUAAUCGUAGAGCUUAAACUAUCAGAAUUACUACUAGUUUGGGCUGACAUGAUUUCAGAUUGGCAUGCUUGGGAAGAAUCAGAGGAUAUGGCUGUCUUUGACUGCAUCAAGGAAGUAGUUAGUUUGCACAGUAAAUAUGGACUGGAGAGUUUUAUCGUUAGACAGAUUCCACCUGCUCCUGCUCCACCUGUGCCACAGAGAUCCAUUAUUGAAGCAAUAAGUGUAUUUGUCAGUGAGGCCAUUUUACAAUACCCGUCUGCAACAUGGAGAGCUUUCUCAUGUGUUCACAUACUAUUACAUGUCCCAAAGUAUUCAAGUGAAACAGAAGGUGUGCGGCUAUCAUUAGCGGCGGUUUUCUGUCGGGCAGCAUUUUCUCAUUUGAAAGGAGUGAGAAGCAAGCCUCCUUCACUAUGGAAGCCUCUCUUGCUUGCUAUUGCAUCAUGCUAUUUAUGUCAUCCUGAUACCGUGGAGGCAAUACUGGAGAAGGAGGGUGAUGGAGGCUUUGCAACCUGGGCAUCUGCAAUGGCUUUUGCCUGCACUCACUCUUCUGAAGUCGGUCUGUCUGCAAAGUCUGAGAUAAAGUUGAUGGUGAUGACACUGCUAAAGAUGACUGAAAGGUUGUUGGGAGUAGGUAAUCCAAGUGGUGGCUUGUUACGAGAUUGCUUUACUUCACUGAUUAAGACAUCUAUACAAUUGAAAGAACUGGAUGAAGAAAUGGAAGAGGAAGAAAAUGAUGAAGAAUCUGAAGAUUAUGAUAAUGAUGAUGAGGAUGAGGAUGAUGAUGAAAUCGAAAUUGAUGAUGAGGAAUCUGAGAGUGAACAUGAAGAAACUGAAGAACAGUUUCUGGAAAGGUACGCACAAGCGGCUUCUGCACUGGAGAAUGGUACUGUUGAAGAAGGGGAUGCUGAAGAUCAAGAGGUUGAGAUCGAGUUAGGUGGUUUGGAAGAAGCUGAUGAGCAGAAAAUGGUGCUAUCAUUGAUAGAGAGAUACCACCAUGUACUUAUUAAAGGCCAAGCUUUAUCUCCUGAGCUUGUUUCAAGUUUCAUUAAUGCCUUCCCCGACUCUACUUCCUUCUUCCACCAAUACAUGUAGGCUUCUUUUACUUCAUAUAAAACAUGAUAUGAUGUUUGUAUGGGGGUGGAAAUUUGUAAUUUUUAAUAUAUUCUUUUUACUGGGUGUGGUGUGUGCAUGAGUUUUGAUUUGUGGUGUUAUUGAGAUUUGAGAGGGAAGUAAUUGCUAUACAAAUUGCAAUCAUGGUGUUCUUAACAA